AUGCCUGAGUACCGCGAGCCUUCCUGCCUCCGUGACGUCGCCGCCUUCCACCGCCUCUUCAAGGCGCCAGUGGUCGGCUCGCCAGCAAUCCCUGACGCCAAGAGGUGCGCCCUGCGCGUGGAGCUGCUGCAGGAAGAGCUGAACGAGCUAAAGGAGGCUAUCUCGCAGAACGAUCUGGUCGAGGUGGCCGACGCCCUCGCCGACAUCCAGUACGUCCUUGCCGGGGCCGUUCACGAGUUCGGGCUCGGCACAAGGUUCGCCGACCUGUUUGCUGAGGUUCAGAGAUCAAACAUGAGCAAGGCAUGCGCCACGAGGGAGGAGGCCGAGGCGACCGUCGCGCACUACGCAGCCAAGGAUCAGCCGGCGAGGAUCGAGGAGUGCGACGGCCAGUACCUCGUUUACCGCACGGCCGACAACAAA